CGGAUCAACCUGUGGUUAUGUAAUCGUCAAGGGUUGUAAACUAAUUAGAAGAUGGACUCAUUUGUCUGCAAGUCCACCCUUAAUCUCUUUCCAAUCCAGUUGUGAAGAGCUGUUCAAGACAAAAAGGAAGAGCCUGCCGAAUCUUGUUAGUCCGAUCGAUCUUUCAGAGCUCUUGUUCCUGUUUCCGAUCCUUGGCGCAUCCCUGAGGCGGCAGCUAGAGUCCCAUGGCUAUGUCUGACAAAUCCGCAAAAACGAGCAACGAGGUCGCACCUCCUGUGAAAGCAAGUAGUAUGCCGCAGGGUAGCGUGCUGAGGACACCCGGAGAUAUGACAGAUACAAUGUGGCUCUCGCACCUCACAUACCACCAAACCCCUGGUUCAACGAAUGAGCACACGGAGAGGGGGCGUGCAUCAUCGGGCGAUGCUAGUCCAACAAGGCCCGUAAAUGGCUUGUUACCUCCCUUUUCAAGUCAACAUGUACAUCUUCCUACGCCGCUAAGCCCUAGUAAUCUUGGUGCAUAUGGGCAGUCGAGUUCACGCAAUAUUGGUCUCAAAGGUCAAAUCUUGCUGGAGGACGUUCUGCCCACAGAUUUUAGCUCUAUCCCGUAUCCUGCUGCUUCUUCUCCAACAUUUAGGCCCCAUAAAAUGAUCACGCCAGAUUCUAGCCCACUCGUUGUUCGUUCUCGCGCAAACGGACCUCACGGAAAGAACAAUAAGAGAAGUCACUCGCCCCCUCGUAUUGCAAGAAGAACGCCGUCCACAAGUUCUGCAAAUGAACCCGUCGAGGGCACAGCAGAAGAUUCUCUCCGUCCUCGCAUGUCUGUUGCACAAGAUAACGCAUUCACAUCUCAAGCUUCAUCUACCGACUUCGCACCUCCGCCCAACAGCAUUUUUUCACCACCUCCCACAUCACAGGAACUGACCGAAGAGGUCGGAGGGGAGAUGGCUCGAAUUCGUGCACAGGUGUUAGAGAAUCGGAUCAGCCUCACACGAGAAGCGGAGGCACGGAGGCCUGAUUACCUCAAGCGUGCAAAGCGUAUAGAGUCACCGUCCCCUCUUGAUGUAGACGGCAUAGAAGGACAGAGAGCCGCCGCAACGAUCGGAGUAACGGAGAGUCCUAUCAAAGGCCGGCGGUUGAUGUUAUUUCAGCAAACUUCUGACGAAAGCUUUGAAGAAAGUUUGAUGGCAGGGGGGUACGAUCGUUAUCGCACAGACUUGCAGCGACCUGCGGAUCCUGGGGACCCGGAUCCUUCUGGAGAACCUGAAGCACUUCCUUUGGUCAGCGAGCAGGAGCUCCGCCAACAGAACAGAUUGCUUGCAUUCCGGAAUUUCUCCCAAGUCUCCUCCUCACGGUCACAGCUAGCUCCAGUUGAGGUGGAAGGAUAUGGUAGAGUCUUGAUGGAUAUUAGACCAUCUGAUCCACCCAGUCCAAAUAAACUAAGCCCAUCGAAGAAGAAGCGUUACCGGAAAAAGAAGAAGACGCCUUCCAUGGACGAAUCAAAGGACCAGAGUACCUUGCCUUUGCAGUCGGAAGCAACUGUUGAUGUUCCAAACUGGCCAGACACCCAAUUUCCGUGGCGCUUGCGUUCGGAGCAGUGCGACGAUUAUUCCAAAAUGGAGGAGGAACAACGCUUGCGGUACAUCGAAAAUUUCCUUAGCCGGGAUUCGGAUGAUGAAGACGACGAAGAGAGUUUGUUUCAGAAUCAAACAGUGCAUCCCGGGUUCGGUAGCGGCAGAGGCAAAACGUACCCUCUUCUCGCUCGUUCACAGAAUCGAAAUCGUGGUCUAACCACGGUAUCUGUUGUUCCGAGCGAUCCAGCUGAUGCCAGAACUGCAUUGCUAUCGAAGCGAUCAAUUAGGCAGUUCUCGUUCAGACGAGCGCAGCGCAAAUCCACAGACGAUGACAUUGAUGAUGAAAUUGUUUGUAUUUGUCGAGGCAGUGAUGAUGGCCGAGAGUUGGUUCAAUGUGACGGAUGCCAUACUUGGUACCACCUACAGUGCAUUGGCAUUCGAAGUAUCGCAGAAUUGGGCAGGGAGGAAGAUCCCUGGUUUUGUGGUAGUUGUGCUAAAACACCCCCUCCAGAUAUCCUGCCGUCAUUCGAGCCAACGUUCGUGCCAACUGAAGAGAAGCUGAGGCAUGAUAAAAGCUACGACCCACCCUUCUUUCACGCGGGCUUUAACCCUUCGCCAGUAGUCCCAUGGAGCAGCUCUUCACGGCCACCCAUGACUCCACCCGCCCGCAGGGCGGGCCCUUAUUUUUCCUCCGGUUCUUCCUGGGAUGAAACAUCUUCCCAGCCUGGUCCACAGACACCCCAACACUCCUCUCAAAGUGUUCGUGUAUACACAGCGACGCCUGGUUGCGCUGAGCCAUUUAUGGCUGACGAAUCUCCAUUUGAUCCAACAUCGACACCUUCACGCGGCAUCAGGUUUGGUGCCCCCUUUGCAACACCAAAGAAUAAUUUUUGGCAAGGACGCGGUCCUGAGCUGUUCCACACGCCCACUAGACCUAGCGAGGGCAUGUCAAACCGUCGCUUUGGACACCAUCCGGUGGGAGGUGCAGAAGAUGAUUCGCAACUUCCAAUUACCCAUCUCUCGUCUGGCCCUGACAUUACACCAAUUGGUCGUAAUUUCAACCCUGUCGGGCGUCUCGCAGAAUCUCCACUGGCUGCGAAGAAUUCGCGACGCGGGCCAGGCUGCGGACGGUUUCUGGACGAUCAUUUUGACAGCGCGAGAGGAGGACGCCGUGGUUAAUCAUUCGCUUGUGCUUCCGUGAGAUUGUAUGUACUGCUUUUAGCUUUAGCUGCUUUUGAGGUUUACCCUACUUGUCACACCCAUUGUGUUUAUUGGAAACAUGCAACACUCUAUGUAUGAACAAUUGUAUUUACUUACAAUGAUGAGUCGCAAUUUCUAUAA